AAAGUUAAACCAAGAGUUAAACUGCACAUUGCUAUUUGAUCAGUCAAUAAAAGGGGAUGUAAGUCAGCAACAGGGAAUAUCCAGAGUUACUGAGAGAACAGGGACAUCCCCUAACUUACUCUAGACCAAUCAGCCUUAAGGGGCUGGACCUAAAGGAGUGUCUAAGAUAUACAGAUAGAAUGACAGGAAGAUACAACUUGUAUACAACUCAGACUCAAGCUACUGAAGUUAAGUAAAGCAAAAAGCUGUAUUCUCCAGUGAUCAUGGACAAACCAGUGUGCUUGAUUGACACGGAGUCAGAUGGGAAGCUGUGUGUGCAGCAGUCAGCUCUACAGAUCCUGCAGCAGAUCCAGCAGCCAGUGGUGGUGGUGGCCGUGGUGGGUCUCUACCGCACCGGGAAGUCCUACCUGAUGAAUCGCCUCGCAAGACAACAAACAGGGUUUGCAUUGGGCAGCACCGUUGAGUCCAAGACGAAGGGCAUCUGGAUGUGGUGUGUGGAUCACCCCACUAAAGCAGGAACCACUCUGGUGCUGCUGGACACUGAGGGACUCGGAGACGUGGACAAGGGGGACCCAAAGCAUGACACCAAGAUCUUCUCUCUGGCCGUCCUUCUGAGUAGCACUCUAGUGCUGAACAGCCAAGGGACGAUCGACAACAGGGCCAUAGAGGAACUGCAAUAUGUCACAGAGUUGACUGAGUAUAUAAAGGUCAAAUCCUCUGAUGAGGGUGAAGACGACUCAGAGUUUGUGAAGUUCUUCCCUAGUUUCAUCUGGGCAGUGAGGGACUUCACCCUGGAACAAAAAAUCAAUGGAAAAUACGUGACUGAGGACCAAUACUUAGAAUAUGCCUUGAAGCUGAAACCAGGCUCUUCAAGAACAGUUAAAGAGUUCAACCUUCCACGGGAAUGUAUCCGAAAUUAUUUCCCAUCCCGGAAGUGUUUUACUUUCCCGUUUCCAACCACCCCAGAGAAUGUGUCUCGUCUGGAGAGCUUGGAUCCUGCUGACCUUUCCCCAGAUUUCCAGAAGGUCUCAGAUCAUUUCUGCAAGUUCAUCUUUGACAGGAGUGAAGUGAAAAGGCUGAAGGAUGGACACACAGUCACAGGCAGAGUUCUGGGUCAGCUGGUGAAGACAUAUGUAGACACAAUCUCCAGUGGUGAAGUUCCAUUUCUGGAGAAUGCUGUGAUUGCUAUGGCAUUGAUUGAGAAUGAGGCUGCAGUGAAGGAGGGGCUUGAGGUUUACCAGAGUGGAAUGGAGAAGCUGAAGGACUCCUUCCCUCUGGAACUGAAGGAUGUGUCCUCAGAACACCAACAUCUCAGCAGCAUGGCGACACAAGCCUUCAUGAAGCGUUCCUUUAAGGACAGUGAGGGGACAUUCAUGAAAUGUCUUGAGGAAGAAAUUAAUAAACUCUUUGAUGGAUAUCUGUGCCAAAACGAGGAGGCUUCAAAAAAAAGAUGUGAGAAUCUCCUGUCAUCCCUUUCGGCACCAAUGACAGAAAAACUCAAGAAAGGUUUUUAUGCCAUACCUGGUGGCUAUGAUCUCUUCUCCCAGGACCUUGAAGACAUUGUAAAGGAAUAUAAAAUCCAAGACAAUAAAGGAGUCAAGGCAGAAGACACACUUGAAGAGUUUCUGAAGCAGAAGUCUGUGGAUUCUAACGCCAUUCUGCAGGCCGACAAGAAACUGACUGAGAAGGAGAAAGAGAUAAUGGAGGAAAGAGAGAAGGCUGUUCUCCUGGCUCAGGAAAUAAAUACCAAGGAACAAAAGCAGCGACAACUCGAAGAGAAGAUGGAAGCAGAGAGAAAGAGUAAUGAAGAGAGGAUGAGACAGAUGAAGGAGAAGAUGGAUGAGGAGCUGAGGCUCCAGAGAGAGGAGGCUAAACGUGCCAUGGACAGUAAACUGAGGGAGCAGGCUGAUCUGAUGGAGAAGGGCUUUAAGGAGAAGGCAGAGAGGAUGACUAAAGAGAUAGAGGACUUCAGGAGGAAGAAUAAAGAAGCAGAAAAGGAAAGUGACCAGAUGUUUAAAAAGAUGAUGGAAAACAUGAACAAAAGACAUGAUGAGACUAUGAAUCUGAUGAUGAGGCAACACAGUGAGCAGAUGAAGGCAAUCAUGAGCAUGCCGAGGCCUAAGUCAGACCCCUCCAUGGUAAUCUUUCGUCUGAUAAUCGGCGGUCUCAGCAGUGGUUUAUUCUCAGGUUCACGUCCCUCUUAAUGCAGUUGUAAGCCAUUUUAGCUAUUUCUGUGUUGCAAACAAAUAACAAAAGUUUUGGAAUAAAAUUUUAUAGUCCGGAUAUUUAAACGCUGAUGUUGAGGCAGCGAUUAAAAUGAGUAGGUGACCUUUGAAACUAAUGUUACACUUCAAAUGUAUCUAUUACAUUGUUAUGCCAGUAGAUGGUGAUCAUUGACUGUUAAGAUGUAUUUGAUUUAUCAUUUGAGUCAUUCAUUCAAGAGAUUUGUUAAAAAAAAUUUAAAAAAUGUAUUUUGUCAUAUCACAAAUUAAGCUUAAAAGAAUAUAUAAUAUAUCUGGAAUCUAUAUUAAACUAUUACUCUUUCUAAUAUUAAAAUGUACAGUCUUACAGAAGGGAUAAGAUGAAGUCUUUAUGUACAUUAAAAUAAGAAAACAUUUCAGAAUCCUGCAUUUCAAUCCAUGCCCUUCUAGCGACCCUCAGUUGUCAAUAAUGUCAGACUGUACGGCAGCCGAGAUGCGUUAAAAACAGAUGUACACAAAAACAUAUAACACAGGAUUUCCCUUCCCCUGUAUAUCCAUAAAGAAAAAAUUCUUGUUUAGCCAGUGGUUAUUCUUUCAUUUGUCUUUUCAUAUAACACAAGUUUAUAAAAUAAAAUACAUUUGAGCAAUUUUAAAAACCCAGAAGCAAAAUACUGAUGUUUUCUUUUAAUAUGUGUUUGGCCAUUACAUCAUAAUGUAGUUUUAUUCACAAUAUCUUUCAAAUUAAUUUACACACACCCAUACACACUGUCGUAUUUAUUACUUCCUUCAACUAAUAACCAACAAUGUAGAAACUUAUACCCAACAAAUGCUGAUCAAUAAAACAGCCCUUACCUUCAGAUUGUCCGGGGAAGAUGAAAAAUCAGUUGAUUAAUAAUUCCUAAGUAAAUUGUUUGGCCAUUACAUCAGAGUACCUUAUUUAACAUUGAAGCGUCUGUCAAAAUCCUUUUUUUUUUUUUGUUCCAUGCUAACAUAGCAUUGACAUGAUUUUCAGAUUUUUCAUGUGCCAUGAAUCCUCCAUGAAUAAUGAAUUAUGAACAUGUUUUAAAACCAACUGUCGUGUCUCUGCAUCUAUCUCCAUGUUAAGAUCCCUAGCCCAGGUAAUCCGAAGACUAUCAGAAGCCAAGGGGUGGCACGCAAAUACAGUAUUGUAUGUUGUGGAAAUGGCCCCUCUUUGAUAAGGAUUAAUAUUGGAAACGCUAUCGACAAGGGUGGAGGGUGGUUUCAAGGGGAACCCCGGAAAAUGCUUACGGACAUAGUCCCGGAUUUGCAAAUAUCAGAAAAAAUGGAACCUUGGCAAGUUAAAAACUUGAGUCAAAUGUUCAAAUGAAGCAAAUGUUCCACGCAAGCCACAAAAGCCUUAUGAAAGAGGGAGGAAAGAUGGUUAAGGUGCACUGGGCAUAGAAGAGGUGUUGACUGUAAAGUAAAAUGGCGCCUAAAUAGACACCUGGGCCGUAUUCACAAAACAUCUUAAGGCUAAAAGUAGCUCCUAACUUGCCGAUUUAGGAGAAACUCUUAAAAAUAAUGGGCGUGUCAGUCCUAAUUUUAGGACUCCUACAUUUUUGCUCUAAGAGUAUUUCAUAAAGCAUUUUAGCACUAAAACUAGCUCCUAAACCUGUGAAACACUAGGAGUAGUCAAGAGGACUCCUAAAUCACUAAGACAAAUUUUAAAAAAAAUCCUAAAAUGAUUGUUGGUGCCAAUCCGCCUUAGCAAUCCACCCAAAGAUACUGUACACCAUUGAGGCAAUAGUGAUAGAGCCUUGGGUGCUGAGCCUUUUCUUCAUAAAUGCAAUACAUAUUUUGAUUUAUAGAUUUUAAUCUACGAUAAAAUACCAAAAAUAAAUCUUUAAUAAAUAAAUAAAUAAAUAUAAACUUUGUUUAUAAAAUAUAAUGUCACUUGAAUUCUGCAAUCUCUCAAGAUGCAAACAUGUAAGAGGCGAACAAUUAACUGAACAUAUACUAGUUUAAUUAGUGACACUUAGCCUACAUUUUAAAACCUUUAAUUGAAUAUGACAACAUUUUUAUUUUAAAACCUGGCAACAUGAUACCUCAUUCUACAAUAUUUCUAUGAUUAAAUCGCUGACAGACUCCUCCCCCAUCAGCCAAUCACUGUGGGCAUAGUCCAUAGCAACGAGGUCAACCCCGCCCUUUCUCUUAGCUUAAGACUUCAGUCUAUUCCUUAGUAAAAGUUGCUCUCAGCAGCUUUGUGAAUAGGUUUUAAGAGAAAACUCUUAGAUAAGAACUUUUACUGCCAUUUAGGAGAACUCUCUCUGGAGAAUGUUAAAGGUGAUAGUGAGAGAGGGAGACAGAGAAGAGACGUAAGUGAACAAUUACCACACGCAUCCUCCUCAAUCCUUAACCAGGGUGGAGGUUGAACGUCAGAACUACACCAGAAUAACAUAUUUCUGACAUUUGUAGCCCAAUAAUAAAACAACAAGUUAGGUAGUGCUAAACCACCCAACUCCUUAGUUUUUUGUAAAAUGCCUUUUUGUAUUCUGGGAGUUUUCCCAUUCCAGAUAAAUUGAGAAAUAGUCCUAUCCAGAGAGUGAAAGAAACACUUGGGAACAAAAACAGGUAUGCAUUGAAAGAGAUAUAAAAAUUUAGACAGUAUGUUCCUUUUAUACAAUACCUGCUAGGGAAAGAGUCAAUAAAAACCAACAUUGAAAAUAUUUAGUCAUUUGAACCAGCAGAAGAGAGAAAUUACAAUUGAACAGAUUAGAAUAGUUCUCGGUUACGCAGACACCCAGGUAAUUACAAUGAUCUAAUGAUGUCUUAAAAGGCAGUUCUGAAAGAGGAUAGGCUAUGGCCACAGAAUUUAUAGGCAUUAGUUCAUGCUUAUGAAGAUUCAGUUUAUACCCUGAAACAUGUCCAAAUUCCUCUAAUAAGACUAACACUUGGGGUAUGGAUAUGGAUCUGUCCGGAUCAGAGGGAAAAAAGUAAAAGAUCGUCAGUGUAUAAAGACAGCUUAUGCACAGAACCUCCCCUUUUGAAGCCCAUCAUCUGACUGAAGCUAAGGGCUACUGCCAAUAGUUCAACAGCUAUGGCAAACAGUAAAGAGGAGAGUGGACAGCCCUGCCGAGUACCACAUCCAAGAGGAAAAUAGUCAGAAUAGUCAUUGUUGGAGCAAUUUACUGCCAAAUCCAAAUCUUUUUAAAGUGAAGAACAAAUAAGGCCACUCCACACAGUCAAAUGCCUUCUCUGCAUCCAUCGAAAUAACCAGCUCAGGAGUGGUAGAUGCUGAAGGAGAAUACAAUCCAUCAAAUAGACGCCUGAUGUUAUGGAAAGAGUGUUUUCCCUUGACAAACCCUGUUUGGUUUGAAUGUCACAUUCAGAUUGUUAGGAUUCAUUAAACAUGUUUAGAAGUAGUAGGGAGAGUUUAUCAGCAAAUGCUUUGACUACCACCAUUUGAGCACUCUCAGAACUUCUUUAAAUCGUGAAUUUCAGCAGAAACAAUUAGAAACUGACUGGCACAAAAGACAAGUAAAUCGCAAGACAUCUUGUAGGGAGUGGCCAACUUGAUUUCAGUUGGGGCCAGUGCAACCCAUUGCCACCAUCUGCCCCUGCAUAGGUACAAACUUUUUGUUGUUGUUUCAAGUUCUGCAUUUUGUCAAUUCAAUAUGGUAACGUUUGGUAGCUGAUCAUCCAUUUAUCUAAAUUAUUACUGUUGAAAUUAUUGCAUUUAUUUUUUAUUUAUUUUUUUAGCUUUUAAAAAUAUCAGAUGUAUAAGAUUUUAUUUAAAAUAGAUUUGAUUUAGCAGUGAAAACUUCAUAGGCUGAAUGUCUCUGAAGCCUUGGCAAGCUGCAGCCAGCUGCAGUUCCUGCAUCAGUGAAUGACAGCAGAUGAGUGAAUGUUGCCUAGAUCCUCAUGUUCUGUAAAAACAUGAUGUUUCUAAUAAUCAGAGGUCCAGAUCAUUGGUAAUUUUGAAAAGGGGGAAUAAUAAUAUAAUACGAGUAGGAGGAGUGGACAUGAGUUUCUGUGUGUGGAUGAUUUGCCGCAAGAGAUCACUGCCAAAUCACACUGAUUUAAAUGGUAAAUAAUAUUAAACAUUACAGUUUGUUUCAAAGCAGCUUCACAUUAAUUAAAUAAUAUCAAUGUUGCAAAAGUUCAGUAAUUAUUAAAAGUAAAUUUCAGCUAUAAAGCAAGUAAAGUCACAUUUAUAUAACACUGUACAUACUGUAAUACUGUUUAUACUGUAAUAAAGUUAUGCAUGGAAUCAG